AUGUCUUCGGAAACUCUUGAUCGAAAGGAAAAUGACUGUCGAGACGCGAAGGUAGAUUUGGAUACGAUUUUAGUAGAGGAAAUAGGACAGUUCGGGAAAUUUCAGCUUCGAACGCUGGCCCUGACUUUGGUCGCUGUCAUAUUUUGUGCUGUUUACGGGGAAUUCGUGUUCACGGCUGCCAGAAUCAACAGCAGGUGUGUUAUCCCGGAGUGUGAGGAACCAUCGACAGCGGUGUACGCUCCUGAUUGGAUUCUCAAUGCAAUUCCUGGAACCAGUCUCACGUCAUUCGAUAACUGCCAGCGCUUUGCAAAUGCCUCGACCAUCCUUACCGAUAGAUCCACCUGUCCUGCUGAUUUAUUUGACGUGCAUCGUGUGGUCCAAUGUGAAGCUUAUGUCUAUGAACAUGCCCAAACUGUUGUUUAUGACUUUGAUUUAGGAUGCGACGAAUGGCGACGGACACUCAUAGGUUUUGUCAGAACCUUUGGGUCGUUGGUGGCGCUACCCAUCACUGGGUACAUCUCUGAUCACUGGGGGCGACGGUUCGCCCUCACCUUCAAUGCCUUCAACACUGGCUGGAUCGGAGUCAUCAGAUAUUGGGCCAAUACCUAUAGCGGAUACAUAGUUUCAGUUUUUGUUGAAUCUGCAUUAGGAGGUGCAGUAUUUUCCUGCACGUAUAUUUUAGUUUUAGAGUUAGUUGGUCCAAAAUACCGUACUGUAGCUGGCGCAAUACUAACUACAUUUUUCGCCGUGGGUCAAGUGAUAUUGGCUCUUGUUGCCUGGGCUGUCCCGUACUGGAGACCCCUUACAUUAGCCAUGUAUAUACCUCAACUUAUCACCAUUGGAUACCUUUGGGUUAUUUCUGAAUCAAUACGCUGGUAUAUGAGCAAAAACAAUUAUGAUGAAGCCGAAAAGUUGCUUCAAAAUGUAGCUAAAGUCAACGGGAAACAGCUAUCAAGACAGUCUUUGGAGGCUCUACGCAGGACCGCGGAAGAACAAAAGCGAAGAAUAGAUAUUGAGAAGAAAGACAAAAUAAAAGAACCAUGGCUAAUAGUUUUAGUGUUUCAAAACAGACGGAUAUUAAUCAGAUGCCUCGUCUCCCCGAUCUGGUGGAUCACUAGCACCUUAAUAUACCACGGAUUGUCCAUAAAUGCAGUGAACAUGUCGGGGAAUGCUUAUUUGAAUUAUGCUGCGGUAGCUGCAGCGGGAAUUCCAGGUUUCUGGUUGGCAGUCCUUCUGAUGAGCAGGAUCGGAAGGAGACCGGUGUUGAUCGGUGCAUACUGGUUGUGUGGACUUUGUCAAGUCGCAUACAUAUUUAUGCCAGAUGACUUGUAUGCGGUUUCACUCGCCGUGUACCUGGUUGGGAAGAUCAGCAUAUCCACAGUAGUGACGGCUAUCUACAUGUACACCGCCGAGCUAUACCCUACCAAGUACAGACACAAUCUGUUCGCCUUCUCCUCGAUGGUGGGCAGGAUCGGAUCUAUCAUUGCACCUCUCACUCCUGCUAUUGGAGCUGCGACAUUUGACAAUCUGCCGUUCAUAUUGUUCGCGUCAAUGGCAUUUCUCUCUGGCUUCCUGAUGUUUCUGACUCCGGAAACAAACGGCACCAAGCUUCCGGACACUAUGGAAGAAGCCUCUAAUAUAGGGCUCAGAGAUAAAUAG